AUGAGCUCCUCGUCGGGCCUUGUCCCCAAAGCCCUGCGGUUAGAGGCGUCUGAGAUCGAAGGCAACGUCGCGGACUGCAUCGGGCUCUACCGGCUUGUCGACGGCAAGACGGUCAACGGCAAGCCGACGUGGCGCAACACUAGGCUUCUCGACAAGUGGCUGGCGUGGAACGGCUCGACAGCAUGGAACGUCCAAUCCGAGUCCAACCUCGGCAAGACCAAGGGGUGGCUGCAGCUGCUGGACAAGGGGUGCGCCUACCCGUCGCAGUCCAAGGUGGUGUGGGAGGCCUGGGAUGGCGGUGAGUGGGUCAAGCAGGCCGAGCUGCAGUGCGCCGUCGCCAGCCUCGAGGACUUGCCCGCACCCGCCGCGCUGAUGAUCGAGAGCCCAAAGAUUGACUCGGAGGCGAACGGCUGCCUCGGGCUGUAUGCACUCGUGCAGGGCCGGAUCGUCAACGGCAAGCCCGUCUGGCGCCACACCGGCCGGCCCAACCGCUGGCUCUCCUUCAACGGCGACAACGCGUGGAACGCGCAGUCGGAGGCCAACCUGGGCAAGUCUCGCGGCUGGCUGCAGCUGCUCGACAAGCACUGCCACACGCCCGACCUGUCCAAGCAGGUGUGGGACGCGGCGGACGGCAAGGGGGGGUGGAUGAAGGUGCCCGAGCUCAAGGUCAAGGUGACCGACCCAAAGGAGCUGCCGCCGCCGGUGGCGAUCCGACUCGACAACCCGACGGGCGGCCCGCUCUCUAUCUCGGGGACCGCGGCCAACUUCAUCGGCCUCUACAAGCUGGCGCUGGACAAGACGAUCAACGACCGGCCAGCCUACCGGCACACGCAGUCCGCCGGCCGCUGGAUCGCCUUCAACGGCGAGAACGCGUGGAACGCCCAGUCCGAGGCGUCACUCGGCCAGAAGCGCGGCUGGCUGCAGCUGCUCGACUCGUCGGCGGCGACGCCAAACAUGUCCAAGAUCCCUUGGGACAGCGCGGACGGCAACGGCAAGUGGUCCAAGCAGCCCAACCUCAAGUGCCUCGCCGUGGACAACACCGAGCUCCCUCCGCCCAAGGCCAUCAUCCUCGACGGCGAGCCCGUGAUUGGCACCGCCGCAAACUACAUCGGCCUCUACCGCCUCGCCGAGGGCGAGAGCGCGCCUGCGGACGGCCGUGCCACCUGGACGCGUCCCCGACCCGUGCCCGGCUCGUCCCCCAUAGGCAAGCUCGUCAACGGGCGGCCGUGCUACCGCCACGCGGAGCGGCCGACGCACUGGGUCGCGUACAACGGCACGUCGGCGUGGAACGCGCAGUCCGAGGCGUCGCUCGGCCAGUCGCGCGGCUGGAUGCAGCUGCUCGACUCGUCGUGCCACACGCCCGACGUCUCGCUCCUCUCGUGGGAGACGGCCGACGGAGCCGGCAAGUGGGACAAGAAGCCGAACCUCAAGUGCCGCGAGGCGGACCCGAGCACGAUGCCGCCCGCCUCGGCGCUCGUGCUCUCGGGCGCGACGGAGGCAAAGGCGCAGGACUGUCUCGGCCUCUACCGGCUCAUCAAGGGGUACGAGGUCAACGGCCGGCCGUGCUGGCGGUCGGUGCGCCGUUCGGACCGCUGGAUCGCCUUCAACGGCGAGAACGCGUGGAACGCCCAGUCCGAGGCGUCACUCGGCCAGAAGCGCGGCUGGCUGCAGCUGCUCGACUCGAACGUGUCCACGCCGGACCUUUCAAAGACGCAGUGGGAGGCGUGGGACGGCUCCAAUUGGGUGCGGCAGGACGCGUGCACGUGCGUGUCGGUCGACACGGCGCAGCUGCCGCCGCCGCCGCUGAUAGAGCUCGCCGGGCCCCCCAUCGCGGGCAACGCGGGCGCGUGCCUCGGCAGCUACCGGCUUGCCGACCGGGACGUCAACGGGCGGCCCGCCUUCCAAAAGACGGACCGCGAGGACCGUUGGCUCGCGUUCAACGGCGACAAUGCGUGGAACGCGCAGUCGGCCGCCUCGCUGGGCGAGAAGAAGGGGUGGAUCCAGCUGCUGGACUCGGUGCCGACGCCGGACCAGUCGAGCAUCGGGUGGGAGGCGUGGAUCGAGAGCAAGUGGCAGGCGCAGCCGCGGCUGCAGUGCAUCGCGACGCACGACCCGCCGCUCCCGUGCUCGGAGCUGCUGGUCGUGUCGACCAAGCCGCCGCCCGUCGCAAAGGACCCGGGCAUGGAGGGCGUGCGGGUGGCGCGGAUGCUGCCCGAGCUGGACAUGUCCAUCUCGGCGGUCCCCGCGCUGCAGCUGAGGCGGCCGCACGAGUCGUGCAUGGAGUGCCUGCUGCUGUGCCGCGAGCAUAUCCCCGACAUCGAGCAGCUCUGCCGAGACGUGUCCUUCAAGCUCUUCGCGCUGGCCGCCUACACGUACGACUUCAACACAGGCGCCAAGGAGGGGCAGCUCUAUUACGCGCUCAACCAGGGGCUGAGGUCUCGCGACUUCAAGUCGCGCGGCGCGGUGCUCAGCGUGUGGGGCGGCUACCUGUACUACCUGAUGGCUGCGCUCGAGAAGCUGCCGUCCCUGAAGAUGCACGUGUACCGCGGCCACCCCGACAAGGCGGCGGUGCUGCGGCAGUACAAGGAGGGGAGGCCCAUCCAGUGGGGCGCCUUCUCCUCCACCUCUCGCCGCCCGGAGCUCGCCUCGUCCUUCACCGACCGAGAAAAGGGCAUCAUCUUCCGACUCAAGGUCACCACCGGCAAGGACGUCAAGGACUUCUCCUUCUUUGCUGCAGAGGAGGAGGAGGUGCUCCUGUCGCCGCAGACCCGCUUCGUCGUCACCUCCGAACCGUACGUAAAUCCAAACGACGGAUAUUGGUAUCUGGACCUGCUCGAGCAAACGGGCACCCUGUUCAUGAGUUAG